UGUCUGUAAGCCCAAUUUGCAACAAGUAGUACCGGCAGUAUAUCGGAAUUCAUCGACUUCCGCAAGAUCUGCCUUCCUGUCAAAGAAUGGUUGAACAGAAUCAGAGGAAUUUUUCUGCAGGACAGAAUAGAAUGAUAUCAGGAACAAGUACUUCAAAAAUUGUACAAAUUCAGGGAAUCGGUCUGCUGUCUUAUUUGCGUCCUUGUCUAAGAUGCCUCUAUAAUCCUCCUGUUGCAAACGUCAAGCACGAGCAAGAAGUGCGUCCGUCCGUCAAGAGGAGCUUCAGGGAUGUUCCGCUGAUCAGUCCUGGGCGAGUCCCAUCACAAGAAUCACUACGUCCGCCUUAUUUGCAGCAGACAACAACGCAUCUUCGAUCUUCUCAUCUGAGCUGCAAUCUAUACUGGAGCAACCAGGUUCGAAGAUAACAAUAUCGAUCUCGUAGGUCGAUAAGCCUUGAAGUGGAGUGAUAUGCGUGCAGGACCGGAAGGAAACCAUUCCAUCGUCAGGGCGACCCUCCAUGAUCAGCAUUAAAGACAUGACAUGACGACCGAAUGUCCUGCGUUCAACAACCAGUCGAUGCCGAGAAUGCCUGUGCCCAAACUUACUGAAGGUACGACCUCGCGUACUGGACGCUGCAGGGUUCUCGACAGCAGUGACCAGAAUAGAGUGGAAAUCUUGAGCGAUGAUGGACAUGUGCAGGUCGAGUGGGAGGGAGGGCAUGAUGUGAGCCUGCAGGAGACAACCUCAGAAGAUUGCAUGAGUGCCGCCGACAACAAAAAAAAUCAUUCCAAAAAAAAGUUUGAAAGCA